AUGUCGGACUCCUGGAAUGAUGUUCACGUUGACAUUAAUCAAAAAGAGCUCUACGAGGUUGAACUUGCUUUUGAGGGCCUAUGGGUUCUCGCUUUUCUUAUUUUCAUUGCCGCGACUGUCUUGAUUCGUCUCCGUAAACAUGAAGGUGCGAAGGUCUUGCCACUAUGGGCCAUAUUUGCUGCUCAAUUCUUAUAUCUAUUAGUUGCGAUCUUUCAAACAGUUGAUGUCAGUCAGAACCUCCAGGCGGCGUUGGGCGCUGCUUCAAUCCUAUCCUGGGGUACACCGGCGGCAACUCGAUAUUAUACCCUGUUGGCAUUUGAACAACUUUUCAGAGCGCUCGCAGCUCCUUUGACUUUCUACGUUUUCUACAGCGUGAUUCAUCUGGUCCUCGGGGCACUUGGAAAGAUGAAGAAUCCUUACUGGAAAACUCGAAUUUUCCACUGGGCAUGCCUCGCCCUACUCACAGCCUUUUCCUUGGUAGUUUGGUGCUUGGAAACUGCAAUCUACAGCUGGGAGAGUAGAGUGGAGUACGAGAGUAGAGAGGGGUUGGCAAAAGAACUCACUCUAAUUCGCAGCACUCAUUACAUCCAAGCUGCCUACUACAUCCUCCUUUGCCUUGCUGCUUGGGAGAAUAUGGGAUGGACCAUCUUCCUAGCCAUCAAAACGGUUCGGAGCCGAACAAGGCUGAUGCUACCCUCGUUAUUCCUUCUGUUCGGUGGAAUCUUUUGGUUUGCGAUGAACUUCUUGUCCACCCUAUCCAUCAUUGCUUACACUAUCAUCCCGGCGACGAGUAGACCUAAUAACACAACUACAGGCCUCGGCAACACGGUCAUCACAGUUGUAACAGUUAUAAUGAGCCUCACAUCCUGGACUGGAAUUCUUCUAUUCUGCUUCAGGUUCGCGUCGGUUCAAAAGGAAGGAGAGGGGCCCAGCCCAGUGCAAAAUAGAGAAGACUGGGCCGAGACCUCGCAUCUCUCCCCGCCAUCCCCGUCUAUGCAGCACAGCUAUAGGCCUCCCUGGUCAAACGAGUCUUAUUCUUCCUGGCAAGAAGAUCCCCAAAACCUCGCUGCAGAGGCAGAUUCUUCUACAGUGAGAGGCGAGAUGGAAGCUGGGCGUCUUUGUCAUGAGGCGGACGCUGGACGUCCGAUCCAUGAGGCGGAUGCAAGUAAUGCCUUAGUCUCCUUGUUCUAA